AUGGUCAAACUCAAACAAAGCACCAUGAGAAGCACGACGCGCCAGGGGAUAAACAGAGACCACAUUGUUGGCUGCUGCUGCUGCUCGGCCACGGAUGAAGCGGAUGGAACACGAUGGACAGAUGUCUCUGGCUCUUGUGCCAAAGGAUCAGGAGGAGCGCUCACGACGCCAGAGAAAAAAGAAGAGGUGAAUCCAGAGCAGGAUCACAGAGCAGGAUCACAGAGCAGGAUCACAGAGCUGGAUCACAGAGCUGGAUCACAGAGCUGGAUCACAGAGCAGGAUCACAGAGCAGGAUCACAGAGCUGGAUCACAGAGCAGGAUCACAGAGGGAUCACAGAGCAGGAUCACAGAGCAGGAUCACAGAGCUGGAUCACAGAGCAGGAUCACAGAGGGAUCACAGAGCAGGAUCACAGAGCAGGAUCACAGAGCAGGAUCACAGAGCUGGAUCACAGAGCUGGAUCACAGAGCAGGAUCACAGAGCAGGAUCACAGAGCUGGAUCACAGAGCAGGAUCACAGAGGGAUCACAGAGCAGGAUCACAGAGCAGGAUCACAGAGCAGGAUCACAGAGCAGGAUCACAGAGCUGGAUCACAGAGCAGGAUCACAGAGCUGGAUCACAGAGCAGGAUCACAGAGUUGGAUCACAGAGCAGGAUCACAGAGCAGGAUCACAGAGCUGGAUCACAGAGCAGGAUCACAGAGCUGGAUCACAGAGCAGGAUCACAGAGCAGGAUCACAGAGUUGGAUCACAGAGCAGGAUCACAGAGUUGGAUCACAGAGCAGGAUCACAGAGCAGGAUCACAGAGCUGGAUCACAGAGCAGGAUCACAGAGCUGGAUCACAGAGCAGGAUCACAGAGCAGGAUCACAGAGCUGGAUCACAGAGCAGGAUCACAGAGCUGGAUCACAGAGCAGGAUCACAGAGCAGGAUCACAGAGCUGGAUCACAGAGCAGGAUCACAGAGCAGGAUCACAGAGCUGGAUCACAAAGCUGGAUCACAGAGCAGGAUCACAAAGCAUGAUCACAGAGCUGGAUCACAGAGCAGGAUCACAGAGCUGGAUCACAGAGCUGGAUCACAGAGCUGGAUCACAGAGCAGGAUCACAGAGCAGGAUCACAGAGCAGGAUCACAGAGCUGGAUCACAGAGCAGGAUCACAGAGCAGGAUCACAGAGCAGGAUCACAGAGCAGGAUCACAGAGCAGGAUCACAGAGCAGGAUCACAGAGCAGGAUCACAGAGCUGGAUCACAGAGCAGGAUCACAGAGCUGGAUCACAGAGCAGGAUCACAGAGCUGGAUCACAGAGCUGGAUCACAGAGCUGGAUCACAGAGCAGGAUCACAGAGCUGGAUCACAGAGCAGGAUCACAGAGCUGGAUCACAGAGCAGGAUCACAGAGCAGGAUCACAGAGCAGGAUCACAGAGCUGGAUCACAGAGCUGGAUCACAGAGCAGGAUCACAGAGCAGGAUCACAGAGCAGGAUCACAGAGCUGGAUCACAGAGCAGGAUCACAGAGCAGGAUCACAGAGCAGGAUCACAGAGCUGGAUCACAGAGCUGGAUCACAGAGCAGGAUCACAGAGCGCUUCACAUUAAAAAUACAAAAACAUCCAGAUGA